AUGUCGUCCGAGCUUGAAGUAUUGAAACAGCGUAUCAUUGAACUUGAGGCAGAGAAUGCCGAGAUUCCUGAACUUAGAAAGAAACUUGCCGAGAUUCCUGAACUUAGAAAGAAGCUUGCUGAGGUUGAAGCCAGGAAUGUCGAGAUUGAGGCCAGAAAUGCGGAGCUUAUGAAGCAGAUGAUAGAAGAGAAUAACCGACGUGAUGCUAGAAUUGAUAAAUUGGAAGAAAAACAGUUGCAAAAUGAUAAUACUCCUAAUAAUAUCUUAUCUAACUUCAAUUCGGGUGUGGUCCAUCAUGAAAAACCGUUAGAGGAGAAAGAGAUGGAUAAUUUCUUGCUUGAGGCUCAUAAGAAAAUCGUUAGUAGUGAAAUAAAGCAACGCAAUAAGGAAAAGAAGCUUCUUACUGAAAGCAUGACAUCUUCGGAACAAGAGGUUGCGAAGCAAUCAGGCCAAAAUAGUCAUAAGAAAAAGGGUACUGAGAAAAUUGUUCAGGUGAUAACUGAUGGUAUGAUGGCAGAGCCAUCCAUUCAGGAUAAUAUAAAGCAUCAAGAGUCGAAUUCCUCCAAUUCAAAAGCAUUGCAUAUGACUGAAAUUUCAGCGACGGCCCGUCGCCCAAAUUGUUCUUCAUCUCUGCUCGAUUUAGCGAAGCUAUUUGAUAAAGCAACAGAUGCCGAAUAUCGCACUAAAAAAGCCAACGAGGAAGAAAUCUUAUGCUGGGUUAACUUUGGGAAAGAAUUCAUGGUUCACUUUAGUGAACUCGUGGAAAAUAGCAAUGGUAAAAUUGGAGAGAAAAAAGCAAAAGGUAUAAUUUAUGAUGAGAUGUUAGAACACCUUGUCACCAUUCGUGAGAAGAGAUCAAAAGAAAUGGGUAUACAGCUUCCAAAAAUCUCCCGUAGUUCUCUAACUAGAAGGACUCAAAGGUCUAUGAAGCUUGUUAGAAUAAUCGAGAAAAUAGGUAUAGAUAAAUUUAAGUAUCUUAGUGAAUAUAGUCCCAAUUCCAUUUCAGAGUUGACUAACGAUCAAAUUCAAGAGAUCAUAGAGGCCUCAGAGAGGCGGGAUAAUUCUGCAGAGCAGGAUGAUUUUCCAACUCCUGAAAUUUCAGCCGGAAAUCUUGAGACUAGCGAAAAAAUCUUGCCUGAAGAAAAUACAUCCUUAUCAGCCGAUUUGAAGGAUUAUAUAAAAACGCUCACGGGGGCUUUUGUCGAUGAGACCGCUUAUUGGGGUACACCAUACGAGAAUGAAGCUAGGGUAGCGGAAGAAAUGAAUGAAGAGGUUGCUUCACAAUCAAGGGAAGAAACAGACGAAAGUAGGUCAGACAAUGACUCCGAUUCUAAUGAUUCUGAAGAAGAGAUGCCGGACGAUUCGGAUGAUGAUGGAUAUAGUGGAUAUGGUGGAUAUAAUGAAUAUGGUGAACGUGAUAGAGGUUAUUAUUAUCGUGAUGGAGGUUAUGAAAGGAAAACCUCACCAAUGAUGAGUCCUAUUAUCUCACCGGUAACCGCCUAGAAGAAUU